AUGAGUAACAUUUUCGAUUUAUUGCUUUCCCCUGAUGUUGAAAUUGCACAAUCUACAGCAAAAUUAGUUAGUAUGAUGGCAUAUUCCAAUCCUCAACUCUUCAUUGAUAAUUUCGAGCAACUUCGCCUCGUAAUAAUGGCAUUAUGUUGUUCUCCAUAUCCAUCUUUUUCAACAGUUACGAUUCUAAUUAACGGAAUUACGAAUGGAAUUGAAAAUAAUACAGAGUUAUACAACGAUUAUAUCAUGCCUUUGCUUACAUUAUCAUAUGAUAUCUCACAAGCUUUUCUAAAGAACCCAACCCCAUGCACACAGUUUUACCCUGACAUGUCUUCGAUUGUCGGACUCAUUUCAUCGCAAAUUAAACAUGAUAAUCCACUAACUUUAGAAAUGAUCAUCGCGAUUGCAGAGCAUUCCUCAAUCGGAUAUCUUCCAUUCAUAUCGUAUGAUGAAAUCAUUAUAGAAAAACUCGAAGAUGUCGUGAAAAUUAUCUGUUCAGCAGAAAAUGUUGGCGAAGUCCUUUCAAAAAUCCUCAAAGCAAUUGUUUCACCGAAUCCCAAAACCGCUGUUAUAUACAAUGUUAUCGCUCUUAGCGUUAUGUGCGAAUUAGGAAACCAACCUGGCAUUAUCAACGCAACAAUGGAGCAUUCGACAAUUAUUCUAUCAUUAAUUGAAAAAUUACCUGCUCAUCUGUCUUUUCUUCCAUCUGUUUUACUGCUUACAACACGUUCUUUUCCGAAUGAGUUUACACAGAUCCAGGAAACCCUUAAAAAGGAGUUGACUGGUAUCAUUGAAACUCUCAGGAAUGAUAGGAAGCAAAUUUUGAACGCCCCAGAAAGCAGAUCUGAAGUUAAGACAAAUUACACUCUUCAUAGGACUCAAGUAUCUAUCCUCGAGAACCAACGCCUCUUCUCUAAGAAGUGGAAUAAUACAUGGCUUUCUCUUCUCGAAGAACCUCAAAUCUUGAUGUGGUCACCUGACAAGACAAACAACAAAGGAGGUGUAGCCGUUUACAUUUCUGAGGUCACAAAACUUGAAGUUUUGCAAGAAACUGUGACAGAACAAAAUAGAAAGAAUAUCAUGAAAAUUACUGUUGGAAAAGACGUUUAUACAUUUUCAUUCAGUAAUUAUGAAGAUGCCCUUCAAUGGAAUAACAUUUUCAAACAAUUAAAGUCAAAGUAG